AUGGCGCUUCCUUUGCCGCCAGGGCUGAUGCCCACCGAGGUUGCAUUUUUAUGCGAAAUGGAGCUCAUCACCAUUGUUCCCCGCCAGAAGAUGGACUCGAUCGAGCUGCUCGGCGGCGAAACACCAGCGCUACGACCGCCUCGACGAGCAAACGUCCCGAUAUGGCUGGCCCUGCUACUCAAAAAGCAGCGCCGCGCCAACAUCAUGCCCCCGCCGUGGCUACACCCCGACUCCCUACGAACAGUCAUCGACUACGAGACAAGAAUCAAUACGACACAAUGGGCACCGCCGCCGCCGCCUCCAGCGCGAGCCGAUGCCUCAGGAAACGCAAAGAGAGUCGGUAUGGACGACGAGACGGUGCUGUCGCCGCCGUUCUUGCCCUCGUGCACGUCCGACGCACCUACGGGAGCACUGCCUUACCACUGGUUCGAGGUCGCUGAGAUGUUACUUGCGCAUGCAUCAGACGAUAUUCCUGCGUCAGGAGAGGUGCGCUCACUGCUACGAGAUUUAACAGAAGUUCGAGGCGCCAAGAUGCGCGCAAGUACGUCCCAGCUCGAAGCACAGGUGGACGGUGUCAUGACCCUACGUGGCGUAGGCGCCAUGGAACUCGCAGAGAACAGAGGAUUCGUUGUAGGCGUCGUGGAUGGCGUUCGCAAGAUUGGAGCCAGUGGAGAAAUGACAAGACGAGAGGAAGAGGAGGCUCGUGGCGAGGACCAGGACGAGGAGAGUGACGACGAUAUGGGAUUCCUGUGA